AACAGGAAACGUGUUGAGAAGCAAAGCGGAGCUCAAUGUUAACGUUUCUGGUAAACGACAUAAAAACAGUAAAGCAGAUUUUUAAAUAUAUUUACUCUGUUCUAAGUUUAAGACGUCUGUAACGUUGCCUAACCUGUUGGUUGGUUAGCUAGCAACAACAGAACGUAGCUUUUACAGAUUUUUUGCCCAUAACUGUGAUUAAAAAAGAAGACAAGAAAGAUGUGUGAAGAUGUUUAUCUCAGCUUAAACCACACAAGAGAGUCCUGAUCCAAAUAAGUUUUAUGCCUGUUGAUGAGCAUUCCUGAAAGGAUAAGCCAUCCAUGAUUGAGUUUAUGGUCAAGGCCGUUCAGAUUUAUUUGUGUUCAUAGCUGGUUCUGGAGAACGAGGAAACAUGGUCAACCCGGCAGACAUUUUUAUCUCAACUGCCCAGAAGUUCCUGAGUUGUGGGAAUAAAAAGAAACGACUUCCUCCAUCAUCAUGCCUUGAUUUAGCUGUCCAGAUUUUAGCAGUGAACCUGGGACUUAAACCAGCUAUUUUGUAUGACAGCAACGCUGCAUCUGCGGAACAAAUCCUGCAGUAUGUGAACUCACUAGAGGAGAUCGGAUUGCUGUCUAGAGCACUGCAGAUAGUCUCCAUCGAUGGGAACACUCUUGUUGUGAACUCUGAGCUGAUGAAGUCACACCUGGCAGAACUAUUGCAAAAAAGAAGUCUUAUCACUUUUGAUGUUUGUCCUUGGAGAGAGCAGCCAACCAUGAGUGGCAUGGAGAGUAAAACUGAGGACAUGGUCAAAGACAUCUUGGCGUUCUUAAUGAACAAAGAGGAGACUCAAUCUUCAGUCAGUGUGUUGGGAGAGGAGCUGUAUGGUCAGUGGAACUUGUGCACUCUUUUUGGGAUCCUUUUGGGCUAUCCUGCUUCUUACUGGUUUGAUCAGUCCCAGGGCUUUGAGAACUGUCUGAGUAUGACACCACUGGUGGUGAACAAAGUUUGGGUCUGCUGGCAAACAGGUGAUGGAAAGCACUGCAGUUGUAUUUACUCUUUCAGUGUUCCUGAAAUACUGUGGUCAGAAACCUACACUCACAUAGAGCAGUGGACCAAGCUUUUGAGACAGAGAUUUAGCAAACAAGCUGUUUUGACUGAGCUCCAUUUUUCAAAGGAAACAGUCAUUUUGCCCUCUGUAACUUUGUGAGUGCUUUUUAAAGUUCCCUACACAUUUACUUGAACCUUCAGCUGAUUUCAAGGCUCUGUAUCAAUAAUAAGACAUUUUGAAGUUAUUUAAAAAUGUAUUUAUUUCUAAGGUAAAGACAUCUUCCCUGCAUUACAUGGCAGCAUUCAAUAAUGGAGAACAUUUCAUUUAAUUCCAAGGAAUAUUACUAAUAUUCAUUACAGUCCAAAUAAUGCCCCAGGGUAUAUGUCACAGGAAAUACAUCCUCUCUCUCAUACACAACUGUGUUAUGACUCUACAAUAAAUAUAUUUUUUACAUGUUUAA